CGAAAUUUGGAUACGGGGAAAUCGACGAUUACUUUCCUGCUCUUUGUCGCCUGCAGGCUACAAGUUUCUUUCUUUCCAGCAAACGCAGUGAAACCCAGGAAUUCUCAUCUUGAAUUCCGUUCUGGGUGCUUCCUUACUAGAUCCAAGUCGUCAAACGAGCGCCUAAAGUAUUCAUCUUCUCCUAUUAGGCUCGCUUUGAUCCGCUUCUGAGAUAGGGGCGAAGAAAAAUGUACCAGUGGAGGAAAUUCGACUUCUUCGAGGAGAAGUAUGGCGGGAAGAGCUCGAUUCCGGACGAAAUCUCCGGUAAGAUCUGUUGCUCUUCCAGCGGCAGAGGCAAAGUGGUGAUCGGCUGCGACGACGGCACCGUCAGUUUCCUCGAUCGUGGCCUCAACUUCAAUUCAGGAUUUCAAUCUCACUCUUCCUCCGUCAUUUUCCUCCAGCAGCUCAAGCAACGAAACUUCCUCUUAACUGUUGGUGAAGAUGAGCAAUUAGCUUCCCACCAAUCCGCCAUGUGCCUCAAGGUUUUCGACCUGGAUAAACCGCCGCAGCAACAGGAGGGAACUAGCUCAGCUGCUGCUACCCCUGAUUCCAUUGGCGUAUUGCGCAUUUUCACCAACCAGUUCCCUGAGGCCAAGAUUACUUCCUUUUUAGUUCUAGAGGAAGCACCUCCGAUACUACUGAUAGCUAUUGGGUUAGACAACGGCUGCAUUUAUUGCAUCAAGGGUGACAUUGCUAGAGAGCGAAUCCAACGUUUCAAGCUGCAGGUUGAUGAUGCUUCAACAAACAAGAUUCAAUCGCCUGUUACAGGUCUGGGUUUUAGAAUGGAUGGCCAAACCUUUCAGUUGUUUGCUGUGACCCCAGAUUCAGUGACUUUGUUUAGCCUGCACAAUCAACCACCGAGGAAGCAGACUUUGGAUCAAAUUGGUUCUAGUGUAAAUAGUGUUGCAAUGAGUGAUCGGUCGGAGUUGAUAAUUGGUCGACCUGAAGCUGUCUACUUCUAUGAAGUUGAUGGGCGGGGUCCUUGUUGGGCAUUUGAGGGGGAGAAGAAAUUUGUGGGGUGGUUUAGAGGCUACCUUUUAUGUGUUAUAUCAGACCAGAGAAAUGGCAAGGAUACUUUCAAUGUUUAUGAUCUAAAGAACCGGUUGAUAGCUCACAGUAUAGUGGUUAAAGAAGUUUCUCACAUGCUUUGUGAAUGGGGUAACAUCAUACUUAUCAUGAGUGACAAGUCCGCUUUGUGUAUUGGGGAGAAAGACAUGGAAAGCAAGCUAGACAUGCUUUUCAAGAAAAAUCUUUACACCGUGGCGAUCAAUCUGGUUCAGAGCCAGCAAGCUGAUGCUGCUGCUACUGCUGAAGUUCUCAGAAAGUAUGGAGAUCAUCUGUAUAGCAAGCAAGACUAUGAUGAAGCUAUGGCUCAGUAUAUUAACACCAUUGGUCACCUCGAACCUUCAUAUGUGAUUCAGAAGUUUCUAGAUGCACAGAGGAUAUACAACCUUACAAACUAUUUGGAGAAUUUGCAUGAGAAGGGGCUCGCUUCAAAGGACCACACAACUCUUCUCUUGAACUGUUAUACCAAAUUGAAAGAUGUUGAGAAGCUGAAUGUUUUUAUCAAGAGUGAGGAUGGUGUCGGGGAGCAUAAGUUUGAUGUGGAGACUGCUAUUAGGGUUUGUCGUGCUGCCAAUUACCACGAGCAUGCAAUGUAUGUUGCUAAAAAGGCUGGGAGACAUGAAUGGUACCUGAAGAUCUUGCUGGAGGAUCUUGCCAGGUAUGAUGAAGCCUUGGAAUAUAUUUCUAGCCUUGACUCUAGUCAGGCUGGUGUGACGGUGAAAGAAUAUGGUAAAAUUCUCGUAGAGCAUAAACCAGCUGAGACCAUUCAAAUACUCAUGAGGCUUUGCACUGAGGAUGAAUCAUUAAACAGAGGAUCAUCCAGCAGUGGCUACUUGUCUAUGUUGCCAUCUCCUGUAGACUUUCUCAACAUUUUUAUCCAUCAUCCUCAUUCCUUGAUGGACUUUCUUGAAAAAUACACCGACAAGGUGAAGGAUUCUCCAGCUCAAGUAGAAAUUCAUAACACGCUCUUGGAGCUGUACUUAUCCAAUGAUUUGAACUUCCCUUCCAGGUCACAAGCUACCAAAGGUCUAGUUCUUUCACUUGAAGCUAGAUCAGGGGCAUUGACUACUAAUAAAAGAGACACUUCUGAAGAAAAAAAUCGAACAGAAAGGCGUCGCAAGGGCUUGCUCUUGCUCAAGAGUGGUUGGCCAUCUGACCUGGAGCAACCACUUUAUGAUGUCGAUCUUGCGAUAAUCCUUUGUGAGAUGAAUGUAUUUACAGAAGGGCUUUUGUACAUCUAUGAGAAGAUGAAACUAUAUAAGGAAGUUAUUGCCUGCUAUAUGCAAUCUCAUGACCAUGAAGGAUUGAUUGCUUGCUGCAAAAGACUAGGAGAUUCAGGUAAAGGAGGUGAUGCAACUCUUUGGGGGGAUCUGCUUAAAUAUUUUGGUGAACUUGGAGAAGAUUGCUCCAAGGAAGUGAAGGAAGUUCUAACAUAUAUCGAAAGAGACGAUAUUUUGCCUCCUAUAAUUGUUCUCCAGACGCUCUCAAGGAAUCCAUGCCUCACACUAUCGGUAAUCAAGGAUUACAUCGCACGGAAGCUAGAACAAGAGUCAAAGCUGAUUGAGGAUGAUCGGCAAGCUAUUGAGAAGUACCAGGACGACACAGUGGCGAUGAGAAAAGAAAUUCAAGAUCUAAGGACGAACGCCAGGAUCUUUCAGCUCAGCAAGUGCACUGCUUGCACUUUCACCCUUGAUCUUCCAGCUGUCCACUUCAUGUGCAUGCACUCUUUCCAUCAACGUUGCCUUGGGGAUAAUGAGAAAGAAUGCCCUGAAUGUGCUCUCGACUACAGAUCUGUCCUUGAGAUGAAGAGAAACCUGGAGCAGAACUCCAAAGAUCAGGACCAUUUUUUCCAACAGGUUAAGAGCUCAAAAGAUGGGUUUUCUGUAAUUGCUGAGUAUUUUGGGAAGGGGAUUAUUAGCAAAACCAGCAAUGGACCCACAACAACUCUUGGAUCAGCCAACACUCCUUCUGGAAAUGGAUACUGAUUCAUAUCGAUUGGUAAUUUAUUCUUGGGAGUUCACUCUUUCAUUGCUUGCAUCAAGUAUCCUUCUAUUUGAGAAAGAGGAAAGCUUGAGGUGUUCUGUAAAGCAAAGCGACAGUUGAGACAAGGGCCCUGAUAGGGCAUCAUCUGGAUUCUGUAACGCUGUCUCACCCUGAGAUUCAUGCUGAAACCUGGAUUGUCACCUUUCCGGAGGAGCAGCCAAGGCUGUUGAUGGCUUCGCAUCGUAUGAAUUCCCCCUACAGGUGCACUUUUCUCCUCUAUUAACCCUUUGAAGAUAAGCCUGGAGACUAUAUAAACCAAAGUCGAAUCUUUGCUUUUUUGCAUGGUUGUGUGUGUUGGUUCAUUGAGUAUAUUUCGAUCUUGCACCGUUUGUAGACGCAAUUUAGUUGUCGAGGCUGUAAAAGUUAGCAAAAGAUCUGAGGUCUGAUUCUGGCUACACCUUCAAUACUGCCUUCAAUAUUAGCACUGGUUGUGGUUUGUGGAUAAAGAAAUCAUUUUUUGCUCCAUUUCCCCCUUCAUAUCUAUCUUAUUGCAUUUGUUCCAAAGCGACAACCAAAUCUUUCACUUCCAACAUUAUGUGAUAGAACUACCUGACAUAGAAAUACUCAUCUUUCUGGUGUCGAAUACAAGCUGGUUGGCUCCUUCUUACCUACCUGGUUGGUGGAUCCUACAUGUUCACUCUAUCUAAUACCAAUUCCGUUGUUUCUUUUUUCUCUGUUCUUUCCGGAGGUCUGUUGUUUGUCCUCCCCUGCUGGGGAUAGCUCUUGGGUUUUUGUUCUGCCCUGGGAUGGGUCUGUUCUGUUUUGCUUUUGUUUUCUCUUGUUUCCUUCUCCCUAAUUGUAAACUCUUUCCAAUUAAUCCUACCAUAAUUGCUUUUGGCUUUAAGUGGGGAAGAGAGAGAGAGAGAGAGAGAGAGAAUGCAAUGGGAAGAUGUUGUAAGCUUCAUAAUUAGUGAUCCUGGGUAUUAACUAAUAAAUAUUCCCUCCUAUUUUGGUAUCUUAUCUGAUUAUGAUUAUUGACUUUAUGUUGGUGCUAAUUGGUCUUUUUUUUUAUCUUGGGUUUCACGAUGAUGUGAGUUCGAUGAAUUAGUGGCGACUCUUGUAAAUUCAAGCUUGAUCAGAACAUAGCUACUGAUAGCUGCUUAUCUGUACUCUUUGUUUAAGCUUGAUCAGACAAAUAAUUGUAGUUAAUAUCAUUCUUAGUCCAUAUGCUGC